UGCUCACUGCUUGGUGCGAGGUGGGUGACGAGCACCACACGUACUUGGUUUUCACGGGCGCUUAGUCCGAUCAUGCCAUCGCUAUUCGUAUCCUGACUACCGAGUCUGCUCUGUCCUACAAGCCUUUUUGACAUCUCGAGUGCCAACUCCCAUGCCUGAGCUUUGUCCUGGCAAUCAAUCACGUCUCGUAGACUGCUAGCCAAUACUGCGAGGACAUGCCUUUCUUUGCGAAAAAGAAGAGUCCGCCACAGCACAAACACGCCUAUCUCUCUGGCAACUUCGCGCCUAUCAACCAGACUCUCCCACUGACCAAAUGUACAUAUGAAGGCGACAUUCCCUGUGAGCUUGCAGGUGGUGAAUAUGUCCGCAAUGGCGGCAACCCUGUGUCCAACGAAGACCUUGGUCGCGAUGCCCACUGGUUCGACGGCGAUGGCAUGCUGAGCGGCGUCUCAUUCACCAGGCAGCCAGAUGGUUCUGUCCAACCCGAGUUCGUCAAUCAGUACAUCCUGACCGAUAUCUUCCUCUCCACUGUCGCCUCUUCACGCCUGCGUUCGCCCAUCUUGCCCAGCAUUGCGACCUUAGUCAACCCCUUGGCAUCUCUCUUCACCAUCGUACUACGCAUUCUACGCACUAUCGUGCUUGUCGUCCUGUCCUUCCUGCCAGGCUCUACUCGCGCCAUCAAGAGAAUCAGUGUUGCCAACACUGCCAUCCUAUACCAUGACGGCAGAGCAUUGGCCACAUGCGAGAGCGGUCCCCCCAUGCGCAUCGCCCUUCCUGGACUAGAGACUGUUGGUUGGUACGAUGGCAACCGUGCAGAGGGCGAGCCCGAAGCUCAUGAUAAGAAUGACCCUUCCUUCUCUGGCAGUGGUUUACUCGGCUUCAUGCGUGAAUGGACUACCGCUCACCCCAAGGUCGACCCAACUACUAAGGAGAUGAUGCUUUUCCAUUCAACCUUCUUCCCUCCUUACGUUCAGUAUUCUAUCAUUCCGCAAGCUUCUUCCCGUUCCGACUCGAACAAAGGGAUGGUGCAACGUCCUGUACCUGGUAUCACUGGUGCCAAAAUGAUGCACGACUUUGGUGUGUCUCUCAAGCACACUAUAAUCAUGGACCUUCCUCUUUCUCUCGAUCCUCUUAACUUGGCUAGAAAUAAGCCUGUCAUCGACUAUGACGCUACAAAGCCUGCGCGCUUUGGUGUCUUCCCUCGACACAAUCCAGAGCAGGUCAAGUACUUCGAGACGACCGCUUGCUGUAUCUUUCACACUGCCAACGCUUGGGAUGACUUUGACGCUUCUGGUCAGGUCGAGACAGUUCACCUCUUGACUUGCAGAUUAACUUCUGCUUGCCUGGUAUUUAGCGCUGGCAAUAUUGCCGCACCUCAGCCUACAAAAUCAACUGUGAAGGCUGUCAAGAAGAAGAUGCCCUUCUUCUCAAAGUACGACGCUGAUGAACAAUGCUUGUUUGAGGGAGCACCAGACCUUGAGUCACCUCGUCUGGAGCGUGAGCCUUUGAUUAAGAUGACAGCGGAUGGUCAUGCCACCGCUGCUUAUUCAGACGAGGCUGAAGAGAUCCCUGAAGAAGAUGAUCAAUGCCGUCUGUAUCACUACGCAUUCUCUCUCAAAUCUUCGCAGAUCACUGCUCAAUACGCGCUGUCAGCCAUCUCGUUCGAGUUCCCCUCGGUCCAUCCUGACCUUGACAUGCAAGAAGCUCGCUACGUCUAUGGAUGCAGUACAACAGUUUCAUCCUUCAACGCAGCGCUGGGUCGCUCCGUUAAGAUUGAUGCACUUGCCAAAGUCGACACCAAGACAUUGAUUCAGAAGGGCGAUCGAUUGAUGAACUUGGGAAAGCUUGAACCUGUCACGGGCUGCGUUGAUACUCGCACCGUUCAAGAGGUCAUUGACAGCCCUCUGGAGAAUGACCCAAUUCAAGUCUUCCGUAUGCCUGCUGGUUGGUUCGCUCAGGAGCCCAGAUUCGUCCCACGCAAGGCCGUUGCUGGACAGACAUUGGCAGAAGAUGACGGUUAUCUUCUCACCUAUGCCUUUGACGAGUCCCAGCUCCGCACAGAUGGAGAGGUUCCCUCCGACACGGACGCUGCUAGCCGAGCAAAGAGUGAACUCUGGAUCAUCGACGCCAAGGACAUGAGCACAGUUGUUGGUAGAGUAGCACUCCCACAACGUGUUCCUUAUGGACUUCACGGCUCUUGGUUCCCUGAAGACGACAUACUCGGCCAGAAGGCCAUCGAUGCUGUUCGCAGCAUCAGCGACGCCAAAUCUGACCAUAAUGGAGGCAUCUGGAUGAACAUCAGAGCCUCGAUCGAGAGCAUGCUCUCUUAAUGUUUACACACGCGAUAACGAAAGCAUCAUGAAGGCGUUCUGGGCAUAUUGGCAUAAGUCUUUUAGACAUAAAGCAAGCGUUUUUCGGUUUUUUCAUUCAGUACAUAAGAAUACCCAUACUGUUCAUAGGAAUAAUACUCUACUACAAGGAUCGUCGUCAUAUACGAUCAAAUCACGUUCACAUGUGAGAUUGAAGAGGGAAUGUUUGUUUUGAAAGUAAUUUGGAUUGAAAGAC